GAGAGAGAGAGAGAGAGAGAGAGAGAGAGAGAGAGAGAGAGAGAUUGCGGCAAUGAAUGCACGGGAGAUAUGGAGAAGGCCUUUGGACGGAUUGUAUAAAGACCUGACCAGUGGAACAGUCGGCUCCGGCCGUGAGCGUAGCAGUGGAAGAUGUACUCACACGGUGAAAGGGUCGGUGCUCGCGAUGGGCGUGAGGAGAGUGAAAGGAGGGGCGACGGACUGCAGAGUGCGCCGCCGCGGUCCUCGUCGGGACGUUGCAGGAUCCCGAUACCACUUCAAGACCGACUCGUUGCCCAAUCAGAUCAUCACCACGUUUGGCGCGACUUCCUGUUUGUUGUCAUCUCCUUGCUCUUCAUUACCUGGGCUGGUUGGCGAUACAGAGGCAAGGGGACGGCAAAUCCGACGGCGGAGGCGGUCAUUGCUCGAGAUCCCGACAGAGCCCUGCACGUGGAUCGCGGGCAUGUCGAAAACGUGGGAGCGGAGAUCCCUCUUCUCGGGAUCCCUACCGAAGUUGACGAAGACGCGUGCAGCGUUCGCCAGGAGUCCCUCUUUUUGGGACAGAAUGGGCGGCGGGAUAAACGACCGGCCUGCGGCGACGUUUGUCGCUGCGCGCCACCAUUGCUUGGUGGCGCGGGGUAGAAGAUCCAACCAUGCGCCGGGCGUGGAAUGGCUCGAGAGGAGUAGCUGGUCUCCUGUCUCUGGAACCGGCAGAAACCCAGCUGUGGUGGGUGUUGAGUUAAGUGCAGCUAGGCGGGGUAAGCGGGGUGUGCAUGUGCAUGAUCAGUCGAGAGGCGAUCGUCCCCGACGACGCCACGUGUCGUCGCAGGCGAUGAGCUGGCCCGGGGGAGAGGACUUCCUCUCCUCUCUUCGCGAUAUCGGAACGAGCGCAGAACAUAUCAGCAGCAGCAGCAGCUUGCUCGGCGACGACGUGGCCAGGGGUCUCGUCGUCGGGCAGAGGCUAAGAGACGCUACUGAGCUUCUCUGUCAGUUUGAGCACGGAAUGCGGCUGACGACGGAUCGAGGGCUGGAGGUGCUCGGUAAUGGAAUAAAGGAGUCGAUCGAUCUCUUGGCUUGUGAAGGGGCAAGUCUGCGACGGUCAUUGGUCGCGGCUCUCGAUGACGUCAACGAUAAUGGGCUGAUCCACAUGCCUGCUUACGCGAUGCCAGACCUCGCCGCCGGUCCUCCUUCCACGUCACUCGCUGUCGCUCCUGUCGCCACUGCAGCCGCGGCGGUCGUGAGCUUCAGCGCUGCUUCCUCUUCCUCUUCUCCUUCUUCUUCUUCUUCUUCUUCAAGAUUGAGACUUGGUGGUGGGGGUGGGGGGGGCGAAGAGAUUGUUGAGAAAGGUCGGAGGCUGCCUUAUAGCUAUGACCCAGAGGCCAUCGCCGCAUACUUCAGGGGGUAUCCACAGAAAGUGAUUCUGAGGGCGACGUAUAUAGCACUUCGAGGGGCGAAGCUUGGAUUACAUCUGCUUCUGGACUGGCAGAGAGGUCAAUUAGCCGAGAUGGAGAAGGAACGAGCUCGGGAACUUCAACUGCUUAUCACUCAGCUAGGUCCGACGGCUAUAAAGAUUGGCCAAGCUCUGAGCAUCAGGCCAGAUCUGCUGCCUGUGGGUUACUUGGAGGAAUUGCAGAAGCUGCAAGAUCGCGUGCCUCCCUUCUCGAGCGAGCAAGCCCGAGCGAUCAUUCAAGAGAGCCUGGGCCAGCCUGCAUCGGAGAUCUUCUCCGAGCUCACAGAGGAACCUGUGGCUGCAGCAUCCCUCGGGCAGGUGUACAAAGGCCGUCUAAGAAAGAACGGGGACCUCGUUGCGCUGAAGGUGCAGAGACCUGGUGUGCUGGAAGACAUUUCGCUGGACUUAUUUCUUCUGCGCAAUUUUGCGAAGAUUGCCAAGUUCGUCUUGAGGUUGAAUAGCGACACGGUGGCUCUGCUGGACACCUGGGCGACGCGGUUCUUCGACGAGCUGGACUAUGUCCGAGAGGCUGCAAAUGCUAUGCGCUUUGCGGAGGACAUGAAAUCUCUGCCGCACAUCAUUGUCGCCGACGUGUACUUGGAGUACACCUCUCGCAAGGUGCUCACAACGAAGUGGAUCGACGGCGAGAAGCUGUCAGAAAGCUCGGCAGAUGAUGUUGGGUCUUUGGUAGACAGUAUGCUGUACUGCUACCUGACUCAGCUGCUGGAGACGGGGUUUCUACAUGCCGACCCGCAUCCAGGGAACCUGCUGCGCACACCAGAGGGCAACCUCUGCGUUCUGGACUUCGGUCUGAUGACCGAGGUAACGGAGGAUCAACGGUACACAUUGAUAGAGUACGUUUCCCAUCUGCUCAACUCCGACUACGAGAAGGUAGCCGAGGACCUCGUGAGGCUUGGCUUUAUUCCUGACCGGAUCGACGACCCAGAGGAGGCUGCGAAGAUCGCACCGGCUCUCAGUCGAGUGUUCGGUCAGCUUGUGCAGGGGGGGGGGUUCGCCAAUGUCAACGUUGCCAAGCUCACAUCGGAUUUGGCGAAGAUGUCAGAGGACUAUGUCUUUGUGAUUCCACCCUACUUUGCAAUGAUUCUGCGAGCCUUUGGGGUGCUUGAGGGCAUUGGACUGGAUGCAGACCCCAAUUAUGCAAUUGUAAAUGGGUGUUAUCCCUACAUAUCAAAACGACUGCUUAUAGAUGACAGCCCAAGGGUUCGAGGAGCUUUGCAAUACUUCCUUUACGCAGGGAAGGAUCACAUUAAUGUGGAUAGGUUGGAGAACCUGGCAGGAGGCCUUCAAUCUUUCCGGACUUUGAUGGACUCGGCACCGAAGGCUACGACGGCGGCCGCUGAAGGGGGGGGGGUUGACUCGGCCCUCUCAAGGCAAAGGAGAGGCUCCUCUGGAGUGGACCCUGUUGCUAGAGAAGCAUUGAUGCUGGUGUUUGCAAGGGAAGGGAGCUUCAUCCAGGAGUUGCUGCUCAAAGAGCUGACCAGGACAAUAGAUGUGCUGUCAAGGGAAGCUUGUGCAGAGCUGUGGAGAAUGGCGACGACCCGGCUGCUGCGGCUGCCGUUGCCUUUGCCGUUGCCGUGGUCGUUGUCUGGUCGGGGAGCGUCGUGGCCUCUCCCUUUGCCGGGAGUCGCAAUGGGUGCGGUAAUGAUGGCCAGCCUGACGGAAGAAGACCGGAGGUCCAUCGACACAGCGCGCAGAAUCUGGGCCGUGGUGGAACCCCAGCUCUGGUCCCUGGUGGAACCUCAGCUCAUGCAGCCUGUGAAUGCACGUGGAGUGGCAGAGGCAGCCCAAGACAUUGUUCCUCUUCUGUAUGAACUGCUCCCUGGUUUCAGUGUCACGGUGCAACGGUUUACGAUCAUGCUCCUCCAGAGACUCACCUUGCGCCUAGCGGAUGACCUCGACGGCCAGAAUUCCAUUGCAGAAUGGGAAAGGCUGUACUCUUUGUCACCGCCAAGUAAACCAGCAGCACCGUCGAUUUGACGAUAUGGAUGCGCAUCAUCAACUUAUGUCAAGCCAGAAAGAGUUCAAGAGGGGGAGGUCUGUAUGACCCUUGCUGAAAAAGUAUAGCUUUGUUUUGUUCACCGAGGAGGCCACCGUCUUCGCCCGAACCAAAUAGAACGCCCGGUAAUUGCUGCCGUAUCUCGACUGACUUUAAGUCCCACCAAAUGCAGCUAUGAUUACCGGGUGUUCUAUUCCUCCGGUGUAGACGGUGGUAGUCAACUAACUACUCUGCAAAGCCACAACAGACCAAAUCAGCUAGCUCACACACACACACACACACACACACACACACACACACACACACACACACACACACACGCACACACAAGCAGCGAUGAUACCAAAUUUCCUCCCAGGUAGGUAGUCUUAUCAGCACCAUUAACACUGGCGGAGGUGCCUUCUUAAAAAAAAAAAAAGAAGACCACUGCUUGUGGGAGUGUCGUGAAGUGUUUUCACUUUAAGCUGCUACUGUAGUAUCUUCUGAGUCUUGGCGCUGCCAAACCUCUGGCUUGUUGAAAGGUCUCGAGUGAAAUGCACAAAAUGCUGCUCAACCAAAAGGAGGAGGCCCAGGCUGUUCGACUUCGUCAUCUCUCACCUUCAUUGAGAGCAAUACGGCGGUGUCCACGACUGCAGGCCAAGGCAGCAUCCAGUUGCUGUUGAAGACUACUACCUGUUUGCAUUGCUGCUGAGCAGCUUAUGGUGGAGGCUGGUUGGCUGGCGACUGUGAGAACAGAGUGGAGGGGAAUAAGUCAAAAUAAACCUUGUUGACGUCCAUGAACAAAAAAGGGUCGUCAAUGGGGAAAGAUUGGAAGGUUUGAGGAGUUUACGAGGCUGGACGGUGGCCCUUCGACGCCUACGUAGUACGUACUGAGCUAGGUAGAGCUGUUUGAUAAUAGGUUGUGGGAAACACAUGUUGAUUGCGAUACUAAGCUUGCUGGUAAGAGUGCUGAUACCGGCAGUCCCCCCUCCUUGUCACAUCUCUUGACAAGUUAAGAGAACACCGCAUGGUGACCUGCCUGACAUUCAAAUCUGGGACUUGGAAACACAUGUACAUGAUUCCACAUUUGGAGGAUCGUUAGUUUUGAUUGGCUGCCAGUGGAUAAGCACACCAGAAACUACAUCAUCUGGUUCACGGCUGAAGACUGGAGAUACCCUUCUCUGCUCAAAAUGACAGUAGUACCACACUUUUCUGUCGGUAGGGUAUGGAAGAAGACAUUAGUGUCACUGAAGUGCGCGGAAGGAGUGUCCUUUAGCAUCAAAAGGAGAUCAUGAGAUCGCGUGAACAUCUCUGCUGGUGGAGGCGGCUUGGUGCUCUUCCCGUGAGCACCAUAUGAACUUUAUAAAGUAAGAUAGAUAAGAUAGAUAGAUACCUUGGAUCUUAGUGAAGCUGCCACGUGGACAAAUUCAGACUCUGAAGAGUAUGUGUUGUCAUUGUGCCAAGUGAGGCCAUUGGAAGAGUGCCAGCCCUGUCUCUUAUACACAUCUAGAUGUGUAUAAGAGACAGGUGUGUGUGUGUGUGUGUGUGUGUGUGUGUGUGUUUGUCUGCACAUCUCAACAAACGGGUCUACAUUCA